AAACCCCCGGAAGUUGCUAAAUUGAUCGCUGUAUGCGAUUAUUUCGACCAUAUUUCAUCAGUUCAACCUAAACAAAUUUGAGGAAAUGGCAGAGAAAGAACCAGAAAAAACCCAGGAUGUCAAUCCAGUGUUAAGAAAGGACAAGGAUCAGAGUCAUCCCUCAGAAAAAGAGCAGCCAAAGCAGCAAGGAAGUUCAAAAAAGAAAGAUAAAAAGAAGGACAAAAAACCUGUGUCUCCAAGGGAUGGCAAUAAAGUUCAUAAUCAGACGAAUCAAGGUCAAGAUAACAAAGAAAAAGGUCAAGCUGAUGAUCAUAAAGGCAAUGAUAACCAGGCAAAUAAAGGUCAAGGUCAACCAGCAGAUGGAGUUCCACAGAAGUCGAAGGCAGAACUAAAAGCAGAAAGGAGAGCUAAGCAGGAAGCACAGAGGGCAGCAAAACAAGCAGCCAAAACAGCUGCAGCAGCAGGAAAGGAGAGUGGGCAGUCAGGACCAGCACCAUCUGGUGUCACAAAAAAGGAACCUAAACGAGUACCUGACCACCUCAAGGCUGAUGAUGCAGAAAUCCAGAAAAAAGUGGCAAAGAAAUUAGAAAAACAGCAAAUACCACAGAGGACUUCUACACAACGCAAAGUCCGACUAUUUAACCAUUUACACCAAUAUGAACGGCAGUCCUCCUUAACCAGUUCCCUUAAGUUUUCUACAAACAGUAGUAUCCACCCCACCGUUGUCAAACUUGGUGUUCAGUAUGCUGAAGGAAUCAUCACAGGGUCCAAUGCUCGCUGUCUGGCCAUGCUCGCUGCAUUUAAACAGGUAAUCACGGACUACGUAACACCUCCUCAGAAAGAGUUAUCCCGAGAUCUCGAAGCCCGUAUCAAGCCUUACAUCAGUUUCUUGAACCAGUGCCGACUGAUUUCUGUUAGUAUGGGGAAUGCAAUAAAAUACUUAAAGUGGAAUAUUUCACAUAUACCACGAGAAAGUACUGAAAUUGAGGCAAAGAAAGCACUCGCAGAUUGUAUUGACAUUUUUGUGAGAGAAAAAAUUUUGCUUGCUGGUGAUGCCAUCUCUAAAUAUGUGAAGGAUGAGAAGAAAAUUGCACAUGGAGAUGUUAUAGUAGUAUUUGGAAGCUCGUCACUAGUAAAGAAAGUUCUCUGUGAUGCCCACAAAAGGAAGGUACAUUUUCGAGUCAUUGUAGUAGAUGGUCAACCGCGGAUGGAAGGUCGGGAGAUGUUGAGGAAACUUGUAAGGGACGGUAUCAAAUGUUCUUAUGUUCUCAUGAAUGCAGCCUCUUAUGUCAUGCAAGAGGCCACCAAGGUGUUUCUGGGCGCCCAUGCAUUACUAGCCAAUGGGUGUGUCAUGUCGAGGGUAGGCUCUUCUCUUAUUGCUCUCAUUGCCAAAUCCUACAACAUACCUGUCCUUGUCUGCUGCGAGACUUACAAGUUCUGUGAGAGAGGUCAAACAGACUCUUUUGUAUUUAAUGAACUAGGUGACCCGGAGGAUCUGGUAUCCAUCGGCAACAAGACACAAUACCUGACACAUUGGAGAGAUCACACGUCCUUGACCUUGCUAAAUCUUGUGUAUGAUGUUAUGCCCCAGGAAUUUGUGUCUCUGGUGAUAACAGAACUCGGACUUAUUCCCUGUACCUCUGUACCUGUGGUUCUGAGGAUGCAGCAGAUAGAGACCAAUGAAACUUGAGGACACAAAUCUCUCCUAGCCAAUCAAAUGUGAUAUGACAAAAGUAGUUUUUGCUGUCAUUGGCUUUCUGUUAAUGAUAGAUGAUCAGUUUCAGUACUUUGAUGGUGUUUUAAAAAGAAGUAGCUCAAACACCAAGUACAGUUAAAUUCAAAGCGGUAAAAUUUGUGUGCAAUGCCACAUUAAUACUUUCAAUAUUUUGGAAUAGCUUGAGUUUGAAUCCACACAUAAAUACUGAGUUGGAAUUAAUGGUAUUUUACAAGACACUAUGUUCUUGAUAUGUGAAUCUGAAUUUGUUUACAAAUGUCUUAUAAGUAUAAAUGAAUAUUAAGUGAAUAUCC